UGUGUGGGUGUGUCACUGGCUCUUGUUCUUGACGUUUUGGAACAGGGGAGGAAAAAGCUAUGAAAUUCUUUGCCGUUCAAGUCGAGGAUGGAAGGGUCGGGAGGGAUGGAAACCCAGCUGUUGGUCCUGUCUACAGGAAUCCACUCGCCAAGAAUGACUUCCCACCACCAGAUUUUAACUUGAGCAACUCAUGGGACAUUUUCAGGGCUUCUGUAGAGAAAUAUCCUCGGAACAGGAUGCUUGGUUCGCGUGAAUUUAAUACUGGAAAUUUAGGACAUUAUGUGUGGAAAACUUACAAGGAGGUAUACGACGAGGUUCUGCUUAUUGGCUCCGCAUUAAAGGCAUCAGGUGCUGAACCUGGUUCACGUAUUGGGGUUUAUGGUUCGAAUUGUCCCCAAUGGAUCAUGGCAAUGGAGGCUUGCAAUGCUCACAGUUUUAUUUGUGUUCCUCUAUACGAUAACCUUGGGCCAGGGGCUGUAAACUUUAUAAUAGAGCAUGCAGAGAUUGAUUUCGUUUUUGUUCAAGAUAAGAAAGUGAAAGAACUUCUGAAUUCUGAUUGCAGAUCUGCUCAAAGGUUGAGAUUGGUGGUUUGCUUUACUUCACUUGCAAGGGAAGAAAAGGAUGGUUUUUCCCGCAUUGGAUUGAAGCCAUUCUCCUGGAAGGAGUUCCUGGAGAUGGGAAGAGAAAAUCCAGCAGAGCUUUCUGUGCCUCAGCCUCUUACUAUAUCUACAAUAAUGUAUACCAGUGGCACCAGUGGAGAUCCAAAAGGUGUUGUUUUGACACAUGAAAACUUGGCUAUGAUUGUAAGAGGUCUUGACCUGUUUAUGGACCAGUUUGAAGACAAGAUGACGGUGGAUGAUGUUUAUCUUUCUUUCCUUCCCCUUGCUCAUGUCCUUGAUCGCAUAAUUGAGGAAUACUUUUUCCACAAGGGUGCUUCUGUUGGCUAUUACCACGGGGAUAUUAAUGCCUUGAAGGAAGAUUUGACAGAGCUGAAGCCAACAUUGUUUGCUGGUGUUCCUCGAGUUUUCGAAAGAGUACAUGAAGGUGCAAUGAAGACUAUAGAAGAGCUUAGUCCAUUAAAGAGGAAGAUUUUUGGCAUUCUCUACAGCUAUAAACUUGCAUGGAUGAAUUUAGGGUAUAAACAGAAACAGGCAUCACCGCUGGCAGACUUACUAGCUUUUAGGAAGGUUAAGGCUGGGAUAGGUGGCCGGGUUCGACUAAUAGUAUCUGGAGGUGCGCCCUUGAGCACUGAGUUGGAAGAAUUCUUGCGUGUCACUACUUGUGCCUUUGUUGUCCAGGGCUAUGGUUUAACAGAGACAUGUGGCUUGGCAACGGUUGGCUUUCCAGAUGAGAUGUCAAUGCUUGGAGCUGUAGGUGUUGUUUCAGUAUUCAGUGAGAUACGACUUGAAGAGGUUCCAGAGAUGGGGUACAACCCACUUGGGAAUCCUCCUCGCGGUGAGAUAUGUGUGAGAGGGAAGACAGUUUUCUCUGGAUACCACAAAGCUCCUGAUCUGACAAAGGAGUCCUUUAAAGACGGGUGGUUUUACACAGGAGAUAUAGGUGAGUUUCUGCCCAAUGGAGCUUUAAAGAUUAUUGAUAGAAAGAAGAAUAUUUUCAAACUCUCUCAAGGAGAGUAUGUUGCUGUUGAAUAUCUAGAAAAAGUCUAUAGUUCUGCCCCUGUCAUUGAUGAUAUCUGGGUAUACGGGAACAGCACUAAGUCAAUGCUGGUAGCGGUGAUCAUACCAAAUGAAGAUCACACAAAGAAAUGGGCAGAAUUAAAUGGUCACAGAGGUUCCUUCUCUGAACUAUGUUCACUUGAGCAGCUACGGAAUUAUAUCAUCCUCGAGCUCAAGACUGUAGCCAAGAGAAACAAGCUGAGAGGUUUUGAAUAUAUGAAAGGAGUUAUUGUGGAUCAUGAACCCUUUGAUGUUCAAAAGGAUUUAGUGACUCCAACUAUGAAGAAGAGAAGAGAUCGACUUCUGAAACGCUAUCAGGUGGAGAUUGAUAAACUCUAUCAAAGCCUGACAGCAGGGAUAGUUUAAGCCCUUGAAGUGUUGUGCAUCAUUGGAUUAUGCAGCAUACUGAUGAUGUAAAUAGUUGCAGUACUUGGACUAUAGAUUCUGUAAUAUGUAUUUAAAUAAUACUGGGAGAUAACAUCUUUGAAUUCUAAAAUCAUCACAUGCUUGAGUAUACAAGAAAAUGGGUCAUUGUAAUCUCUAGCGUUCUACAGACAAUUAUGUUGGGA